AUGGCGGUGAAUCGAUGGAGGCAUGUGAUUGGGCGAGAUAAACACAGCGUGCAGGCUUUCCCUCUCAACCAGGAUGCGACGCCAGCGCUGGAUCGCGAUGUCGAGCGACUCUCUGUCUGUCUCUUCGGCGCAGCAGCGUCAUCGUCGACGCGUGCUCCCACCGAUCUCAACAAUACCGCACAUUCUGCUAUCACUCUUCCUGCUAUCUCUCGCGGUCCGGCCUGCCUCUGGAUCUCUGCCAGACGCUCCCCGUCACGUCGCACGACAGCAGCAUGCCGCAGCGCCCAAGCAGAAUGGCCUCAUCAUCUCGCAGCUUUCAGCUCGUCUCAGCUGCCGUCCGUCGCCCUCUGCACUCGCUGCCCGCGCUCCCCCGCUGCUGCUAUCCUCUCGCACCACACUCCGACCACCAUCGCACUACUGCGCCCAUCUCUCCCACCGUGCAGCGUGCCAUCUGCUACGUUCAUCGCUGCCUGCUGCUUCACGAAACCCUGUCGUGAAAGCCGUGAUUUCGGAUGGCGCUCUAGAAGAACCGUUGUCAAACCUAACCCCUAA